AACCUGUCUCACCUGUUACACACUCUCUAUCUCUCCUUCUCAGGGUGUAACGUGUCUUGACUAGUUGAGAAUGUUUUUUUUUUUUUCCUUUUAACAAUGCUAAUGUUUGACUAGAAAGAAGGAGGUCCAACAAAGCAUUUGCUGUCUCUGGAUUGUGUAAUACCAUUUCAUCGAGCAGGGAUUCCUUGACACUUUGAGAACUGAACAGAAUCUUCAUUGUCAGACUUGGUGCUCUAAACACAGCUUUCAAGGGGCAAUGGAGGUGCUUGUGCUCAUGGACUUUGAGGCGACGAUGUCAGAUGAGCUGACGGUGCAUGUGGGAGAUGUGGUGAAGAACGUCUCAAAGGGUAAAGAGGAAGGAUGGCUGGAAGGAGAGCUGAGAGGAAAGAGAGGCAUGUUUCCUAGCAACUUUGUCAAGGAAGUGCCUGUUUACUUAAUAGGGGACAGCAACAGAGAGCCAAGAAGCAUGAGGAAAUCGAAGAAACCAAAGGUACAGACGAGGAAAUGUGAGGUGGCUUUUCCCUACACCCCCGCGCACGAGGACGAGAUGGAGCUGGUUGUCGGGGAGACCAUUGAGAUUCUCAGAGAGAUUGAAGAUGGGUGGUGGAUGGGAAAGAAAAAUAACCAAAUAGGAGCCUUUCCAUCAAAUUUUGUCAAGGAAAUUUUUGUCCCUUCAAAAGAUGGCAAGACAACUGAAGUCAAAUCCAGACCUAAACUCUCUGAAGCUGCCUUCAAUAAAGAGGGAAAAGCACAACAGAGACCAAGUUUAAGGAGCAAAACAUCAAGUGUGAAGGAAUGCUGUCAGGUCAUGUUCGACUAUACAGCUGUUGCAGAAGACGAGUUAAACCUUAAGAAGGGAGACGUCAUAGCAGUCAUCAACAAGUCCACUGAGGACGAGGGCUGGUGGGAGGGGGAACUGAACGGACGUAGGGGCUUUUUUCCUGACAACUUCGUCAUGGUGAUCCCAGCGGAUGCUCUUCAUACUGGAAAUGCAGGCCAGCCACCGGUGAGACGUGGUUCUCAGAAAAACACAGUGAACCAGAUGCCAGGGAUGGACCAGAACAGCUCUGACACGAACACAAAGACGGAGACUAAAAGUGACAAACCGGACACUAAAGACUUUCGAAGUGACCCACCUGGUAAAAUUAAGCUGCCCGGUCUGCACAAACCACCCGUUCCACCACCACCAGUAAAAGAGAAGCCCACAAAACUAGUACCAAAAAAUGAAGAGCCACAACCUGUCUCAUCUAAACAGCAGCCCCCUGCUUCACCAGUAAAAAAAGAGGUUAAAGAGAAGACCCCUGACCAAUUUGACAGUGUAGAUGUGUCCUCAGAGAAACUGAGCCAUCCCACAGCCAACAGAGCCAAACCUCCACAGAGAAGACCACCAACAGCCCUCACCUCGGCCGCACAAGUUCCAGCUGAAAUUGACCACAAUGAAACUUCAGAAGAGAAAGAUGGAUUACCACAAAAUAUUCCAGAGGGUACAGAACCUCAGUCAUCACCUUCCACCAAGACAGACCAGGCAGCUAAAACCACGUCACCACCCAAGACACCAACUGAAAGCAAAGCUGUGGCUCAGGAGGAGAGCACUUCAUUGGCCUCUGUGCUGACAGAGCUCAAAGAUCUCCGCAUGUCACUGGAUCUCCUCAAAGCACAGCACGAGAGAGACAUAAAGGAGCUUAAAGAUGAGCUGAAGGAUGAAACAGAAAAACGAAUGAGAUUACAGGAUGAGGUGGAGGCUCUGAGGAAAAAACAGUGAAUAUUGAACACCAGGAGUAUUUCACUACCCCCCGUGAUCCUUCUCUGGGACAUGGACAUAAAGGCCACAGAACAACGAUGUUGGGGGAAUGGAAAUCCAGCACAUGUGACUGACUGAUUGAUGAAUUCCUGGUUGAUUUGAAGCCAGAAGCCAGAGCUUUAAUCAGAGAGCAGAACUACAAAACACUUCUGGUUUUCUCAUAUACUGCUUAUCAGCUCAUUUGGUUGUGGGAGUCCCCAGCAUUCAUUUCUUUAGACAUAUGUGGAAUUUGGAAAUGUGCAAAUAUCAGAUAUCCAGUAUCUUAUAUUUUCAUGGAAAUUCAGGGAUAAUGUAAGGUCAUAUUUUAAGGUAUUAACACACUUUCUAUUAUUAAUAUAUUUCUGUUUUGUGGUUGUAUUCUGUAACAAAUAAAUCAAUAAAUAGUUCCACUUGUAUUUGCUCCAAGCCUGAUUUACCCAGAGAUGUUCUGAUAAACAUGUGCUGGCAUCUGUUUUAAACCAUAAAUGUUUCGUCUGUGUUAAGAUAAUGAAACAAGAUAGCUUUAUUUUUGUGAGUGAAAUAUAUCAAAGACGUACAAAUACAAAA